AAAACAUGGAAGAAGAAAUUAAUAUUCAGGUUAAAGAACAAAAGGAUUUCGUAGUUACUAAGAAGAAACUUAGGGCUAAUUCAAAACCCUUUAGGGCUCAGACAGUUCUUGACCAUCCUAGAGAUCAGCCUGAUGGUAACAAGGAAGGGAUCAAAGGCCUAAAAAGAAACACAGGAAGAAUUAAAGGCUCCAAGAAGACACUUAAAGCAAGAUUAAGAUCAAAGAAAAGUUUUCAUAGUAGUCAACCAUAUCUUCUUGGACUGAAUAGUCAACAGAAAGUUGGUAUUUAUGAAGCUGUAGGAGUUAAUCCUUCAAAAGGAUCUCUCCGUGCAAAUAAACUUGAAUGAGGGUUUAAAAUUACCAAGAAGAGAGCAAUUUCAAGAAGUAAAAAGCGUAAAAGGACAAAAUCAAGCAAGAAACAAAAUUUUAGUUUUUUAAAUCACUAUGUUAAUGAACAAUACAAAGAGAUGAAGAAAUAAAGAAUCUCAGAAUGCAUUGGCUGAGGUAAAGCUAUACCAAGAAGCUGGGAUCCCCCCGCUUCCUAGUGGAAGCCAAAAACAAAGUGUAACUACCGAUAAGAGAGUAUCCUCUACAGCUUCCACAAAGUAUAGAUCAAAGAAAGAAACAAUUAAGAAAACUGAGCCUGAAAGCCCAAAGAUGGAAUUCAAUAAGAAGUUAGGUUUGUUUAGAAAAGUAAGACCUAUAACACCAGCAGCAGUUGGAAGACAGAAUAAACCAAAGCUCAAAAGAGUCUCUAGUGCGAAAGAAAGAAAAAGUUCUGAAAAGCAUGAAACAUCAGGAAGUAAUAGUCACCAUAAGUUAUUCUCAAAAAUAAAAAUAAGUUCUAUUCAGCAAUUCGCCACUCAGGAUUGAGGAGAUGUCAAAGAUUAUGAUCUUUCGCAUAGAAUUGGAAGGGGAGCUUAUGCAGUAGUCAGACUUGCUCAUCAUCACCCUAGCAAUGAGAAGAGAGCAGUAAAGUUAUAUGAUAGAUCAAAGUUAGUUGAUGGAACUAGAAAACUGAGCCUUGUGAAAGAAAUAAGAAUCCUAAGAAAGGUUGAUCAUCCAAAUAUCAUCAAACUGCAUGAAUCUAUUGACACAUCAACCUAUGUUUAUUUAGCCACAGAAUACAUCUCUGGGCCCUCCUUACUGAAAUACCUAAAAUCCAAGCCAGAUAGGAAAAUGCUUGAAAAUGAAAUUAAACUAAUCUGGACACAAUUAAUCAAAGCUGUAGCUUAUCUUCACAGCAAGAACAUUUCCCACAGGGAUAUUAAACUAGAAAAUAUCUUACUGACCAAAGACUGAAAGACAGUAAAGCUCAUAGAUUUUGGCUUCUCUACUGUCUGAUCUCCAUAUAAGAAACUGAAGAUAUAUUGUGGUACUCCAUCGUAUAUGUCUCCUCAGAUAGUCCAGAGGAAGGAAUAUAACGGGCUCCCUGCUGAUAUUUGGGCAUGUGGGGUACUCCUAUUUACUAUGUUCUGAGGAAAAUUCCCAUUCAAAGGUUCUUCAGAAAGGGACCUUUACCGUAGAAUUCAGAGAGGUCUUUACAACACUCCAGAGUAUGUCCCAAGUCAAGUGAAGGGGCUACUGACUAAAAUCUUGAGCAUUGAUCCAAACAAACGUUUAACAGCAGAUGAAAUUCUUGAGCAUGACUGGGUCAAAAAUUAA